AUGCCGUCGCCUUCAGCAGCCGGCAAGCGCAAGCGGAACGCCGCCGCCGCCGCCGACGACUUGCUCAACGGCGGCCAGCAGGCGUCGUCCCGCGAUGCCUCGGGCGAGGAGGGUGACACCACCGCCCCCGAGUCCGGGCGCCACAGCCGUCGCGGCGAGAACGGCAAUGGCCCGAAUCCUAAGCGGCAGCGGGCCAACUCCGACCGCAACGGCGACGACGCCGUCAUCGAUCCCGGCGAGCCGAGUGACACGACCGAGGCCAGCGUCGACAUCGCCGAGCGCGUCGGCCGCCGCGGGCGCAGGGCCUCCAUCGAGGAGGAGGAGGCCAUGGCUCCGCCGCCCAUCGGCCAGAUCACACACCCCGCCGGAGGCUUCAAGACGAACCCGCCGCCCGUUGGCCGCGCCGUCAGGGUCUACGCCGACGGUGUCUUUGACCUGUUUCAUCUCGGGCACAUGCGGCAACUCGAGCAGGCCAAGAAGGCCUUCCCCGACACGACCCUCGUCGUCGGAGUCACGGGCGAUCACGAAACCCACAAGCGCAAGGGCUUGACAGUCAUGUCUGCCAAGGAGCGCGCCGAGUCGGUCCGACACUGCAAGUGGGUGGACGAGGUCAUCGAGGAUUGCCCGUGGAUCGUCACCAAGGAGUUCCUUGACGCCAACCGGCUCGACUACGUUGCCCACGAUGAUCUGCCGUACGGGGCCGACGAGGGUGACGACAUCUAUCAGCCGAUCAAGGCGGCGGGCAAGUUCCUCGUCACCCAGCGGACAGAGGGUGUCAGCACGACGGGCAUCAUCACGAGAGUCGUCCGUGACUACGAAAAGUACAUUACGCGGCAAUUCAAGCGUGGCACCUCGCGGCAAGAGCUCAACGUCAGCUGGCUCAAGAAGAAUGAAAUCGACUUGAAGCGCCACGUCCAGGAUCUGCGCGACAACAUCAUCACCAACUGGACGACGACCGGCCAGGAGCUGAGCCGCGAGCUCAAGCAGUUCUGGCCCACGAGCCGCCCGCAGAGCCCGGCGCGCUUCAACUCCCACGGCAGCGACAGCGCUCGCUCGCCGACCACGCCCGGGCCCGGAAACUCCAAGGAGUUUGUGACUGGUUACGCACUGGGUCUUGUGGGUGGCGUGCGCUCAUGGAUGACCAAGAACCGGAGGACCGUCAACAAUAGCCGACCGCCCAGCGACGAUGAUGAAGAAUCAGACGAAAGCAACGGUGACGGCCGACGGAAGUCAAUGCCGAACCUCGUCUCGCCUACCGCAGCCAGGGGUUAG